UCUGCUCCCAUCCAAUUUACAUCCAUAGCAUGUCCAACCACAAUCAAGAACCGUUACAAAUGGGCCACAUCCCGAUCAAUCAUCCAACUUUCAACGAACUCGAUCCAUCACGUUCAAACGCAAAGACCCGAACCACAGCAAUUAGCAAAGCGAUCGGAUGUUAUGAGGAUUGGAUCAAAGAGAGAAGAUCAAUGGAGCGUUCGGUCCCAACAUGAGUCAAAUGGCAUUCCUUCAUCACACUCCUCUCCUUCCCUACACGAGUUGGUCAAUCACUUCUACGGUGCAAUCAAUAACAAAGAUACAAAGGCGUUGGAAGCCCUUAUUUCUGAUGAAUGUCGCUUUGAAGAACUUGUUUUCUAUUUACCAUUCGACAAAAAAGAGAAAGUUAUUCAAUUUCUACACGAGUUGAUGGAUGCGAUGGGGCCCAACGCGAAAUUCCACACUGAAAGCAUUACCGAAGGUGAAAAUUAUACAGCCACCGCAGUCUGGCAUUUAGAAUGGAAACAAUGGAAGAUACCCUUCACAAACGGAAUCAGUUUCUUUGAAUGGAAGGAGAAGGAUGGAAAGCUGGUCAUCAAGAAAGUAAGAGCAAUGGAGGAGUUUCCACUAAAGCCCGGUGAUUUAGUGCUGAAGCUGUUGAAAACGGUUACAACAGUCUUGGAUCGGAUUCCUGAGCCAGCUGCAGAAGGUAUCCUCUCAAGCUCCCAUGACUCGCAAGAUAGCUUAUUAUCCCUUGUUCUACAUUUGCUUGGAGUUGAUCACAAAGGCCACUCAUGAGUCCCUUCCAUGUUUUUCAUUAUUAUUAUUAUUAUUAUUUUUUCUUUUUCAAUUUUAAUCUAGAUAUUGGAUUUCUCAAGAUAACAACAUCAUCGUUGUCAUCAUCUAAUUAUUCUCCUAAUUAAUUAGGCGC